AGUCUUGAUUGGGGCGUCUGUCACUACCACCAAACAUGGCUCACAACACCGCGUUACGGACGUUUCGAUCCUUCACAAAUACAAUUGCUACAUCAUGCCGACAUGCGCAAUCGCUGCGACCCUUCACCCACAGUACACGAGCCCUCAAUGCAGCGCCGACCGACCGCAAUAAACCAGAGCAGUCAAUGGACUCAUUGCUCUCAAACGUAUCCCAAAAUUUUUACCAAGCGGGGCAAGACCAAUUCUCGACCCUCAUACCAAAUGCGGACGGCUUUCCCAGAGUCGGCAACCUAGUCCAGCGCGAAUGGGAAGAAGACGACAAGCAUAAACUACACGUCUACGCAACUAAACACAAUACACAUCUGUGCCUUACCAGACCCAAUCGUGAUCCAUUGAUAUCGGUAUCAUGCGGUAACAUUGGGUUCAGGAAAGCGGGGAGAGGCUCGUAUGACGCUGCCUAUCAGUUGGCUGCAUUCCUGAUGAACAGAAUCCAGGACAAGGGCUUGUUACCACAAAUCAAGAAAUUAGAGUUGGUAUACAGAGGAUUUGGCCCAGGAAGAGAGGCCGUCACAAAGGCGAUAUUGGGCGCCGAGGGAAAGAAGAUACGGCCGUUGAUUGUCAAACUGGCAGACUCGACGAGGUUGAAGUUUGGCGGCGUGAGAAGCAAGAAGCCGAGGAGAUUGGGUUAGAGACUGUAGAUGGUGUGAUCAGGCAACUUAAAGAGAAAGACGGAAACUGUACGAUGGUAUGUUAGACCUGGAAAGCGUCCAUGAAUAGAGGCCUUCAGCGCUAAAGUGCAAGCAUCACGAAAGAGCAGUGCAUGUGCAAGGACGACGAAUUAGACCAGCUUGAAAGUCAUGUUAAAUUCCUCGGGAGUGGCGCCCUUUCAGCGGGCGGCAUAGUCCUCCCACUAGAAUCUGUCUCCGCGAUGCUGACAAGUCUGGGCGCAAGAUUUCUGGUCUCAUUCCUGAUAUGCCCUCUUGCGCCUCCCUGACCACUCCGACUACUUCCAGC